CAAUCGGCGCAAUCGUCAGUCGGCCGGUGUCAGUUUCUAGUUGUAGCGAGAAUCUACGGGACCGAAGAAAUGAAGACUAUCCUCGCGAUCGCGUUAGCUGUGGUGGUGCUGGCCGAUGCAAAAGUUGCGCCGGCUGCCGACACCCCUGUUGCCACCGAUUCCACCGCGGUUCAGCUGAACCAACUGAUCACCCAAGCUCAAACCAACAUCAACGAUAUGGCCAAACAGAUCCAAGAGAAGCUGAACCUGCCCGACCAAGAGACCCUCGUGAAAACCGUCAAGGAACAAACCACCGACUUUGUGACCAACGUUCAAACCUAUAUACAGAACGUCACCGAAGAGGUGAAGACGAAAACUCCCGAAUUGGAAACGAUGUGGAACGACGUGAAAGGAAAGUUGACCAAAGUCGUGAACGACAUCAGCGGUCAAAUCCCCGGGGCACAGCAACAGGUCGCCGAGUUGGAGGCGAAAUUCCAGCAAGGUGUCCAAGUGAUGCUCAAGGAAUCCGACAAGGCAGCGAAAUCCCUGAGCACGCAUUCGGAGAAGAUUCAGGAGGACCUCGCUAAAUUCACGAAACAGGCGGUCGACAUUGCCGUACAGGCGACGCAGAACUUGAACACUCAACUCCAGCAAGCUGCUGCCCAGAAAAGCUAAAUUCGCGUCGAUAUCUCGCUCUGAGAACGAAUACGCACCGCCGAUGCAAAUAGAAUUUUCUCCCUCCU